AUGAAAGAAUUAAGUUUGAAGAAGGCCAGGGAAUUUAAAGUUUAUAUUGCCUUAUUUAUUUGUAUGUCUACUAAAGCAGUACACUUAGAAGUGGUUUUAGAUUUGUCCACCAAAGCAUUUAUGGCAGCCAUGGAUCGAUUUGUUUCCCGAAGGGGUCUACCAGUCUCGAUCUACUCUGACUGUGGCACAAACUUCAUUGGAGCAGCGAAUCAUCUUCAUCAACUUGUUAAUGACCCGGCUAAUAGAGAUCAGAUCACAAAGAAUAUCCAUUGUAUAUGGCAUUUUAACCCCCCUAGUGCUCCUCACUUUGGUGGUCUCUGGGAGGCAGCUGUAAAAUCUACCAAGUCCUUGUUGGUUAGAACAAUGGGGUCUCAUAUUUGGACGUUAGAAGAAUUCUGUACUCUUCUGUGUCGAGUAGAAGCAGCUCUGAAUUCUAGACCACUCACACCAUUGACUUCAGAUCCAAAUGACUUAGAUUGUCUCACUCCUGGUCAUUUUAUUAUUGGUCAAACAUUAUUAGCAGUGCCUGAGGAGUCAGUGUUGAAUAGUCCAGUUGAUUUGAGAAACCGUUGGAAGCUCUUACAACAAACAUUUCAAUCUUUCUGGAAAAGAUGGUCUUCUGAAUAUUUGAGUACACUCCAAGCUCGUGGAUGUUGGUUAAAAGCUCAAGAAAAUGUUAAAUUGGGUGCAAUGGUGGUACUGAAGGAUAAUAGCUUGCCCCCUUUAAAAUGGAGAUUGGGUCGUAUAAGUGAGCUACUACCUGGAAGUGAUGGUGUGGUACGCGUUGUCAGGGUGCUCACCAAGCAGGGAGUAAUUGUUAGACUAGUAGUUAAAUUAGUUUUAUUACCUACCAAUUAAAUUUGAAAUCUUUAUUUUAAUUUUGAUUUAGCUUAAUUAGCACUAAAAAAAAAAAAAAAAUGUUUAUAAGACCCUUUCCUUCAUAUUUAACUAAGCUCCUAGUUAAAUACUUACUCUGUAUAGUCCUAAUUAUUCUUAGAUAUUCCUUUUUUUUCUUGUGCCUUACACUUUACAAAGGAAACUUAUUAAUUGAUUUAUUGAUUUUUUUACUUAUUACAAUAGAGAGAGAAAUUUAUAAGAGCUACCAUUGCGUGAUGCUACUACAUAAUGGUUUGUCUGAUAUGUUUAAUAAAUUGUUAUUUAGGUCAUUAUGUUUUAUAU